AUGCACUUUCCCAAAGAGAGGGGCUACGACCCCGAAAUCGCCCAAGCAAACCAAACCACCACCUCCUCCGACCAAGACUUCCCCCUCCACCCCAAAGAAACCGCCAUCCACAGCUCCUCUCUACAAGAAGGCAGCACCUGGUACGCAAAAGCCCACCGCUACACGAGCCGAUUCGGCGUCGAGUCCCGCGGCAUCGAACGAGUUCCGAGCGAUGAGCGCAGCACCGCUGGCAUGAGCCAAAUCGGCACACUAUGGUUAUCGGCCAACAUGGUGGUUUCCUCUUUUGCGCUUGGAGCUUUGAGCUAUCCGAUUUUCUUUCUGGGGUUUGUGGAUACGGUUUUGAUUAUCCUAUUUGUGAAUUUGCUGGGGGUGUUGCCGGUGUGCUUUUUUUCAACCUUUGGUCCGAGGUUUGGGUUGAGGCAGAUGGUUUUGAUUGCAAUCUUCAACAUACUCGCCUGCAUCGGUUGGUCUGCCGUCAAUGUAAUAGUGGGUGCCCAACUAUUCAACGCUAUUAAUCCUAGCAUGCCAGGCUGGGCCGGAGUCAUCAUCAUCGCUGUCGCUACCUUCAUCGUAACGCUCUUCGGCUACAAAAUCGUACACGCUUACGAGCGCUACUCCUGGAUCCCCUGCUUCAUAAUCUUCCUCGUCGUACUGGGUGAGUUUGCCCACAGUGGUCAGUUUAUCAAUAACCCCAUGGGUGUUGGAAAAUCUGAAGUGGGAGCCUGCCUCUCCUUUGCUGCAAGUAUUUUUGGUUUUGCCACGGGCUGGACCAGUUAUGCGGCAGACUAUACAGUGUAUCAACCCGUCGAUCGCAGUCGAAAAUCCGUAUUUCUUUGGACAUUCGCUGGUCUGAUAUUUCCUCUCCUUUUUACCGAAAUGUUGGGAGCAGCUGUUGCUACAGCUAUGGCUGCUAACGGCGGAGAAAACGUGUUUAAGACCAACUACACCAGCUCUGGAAUCGGAGGUUUGCUCUCCUCGGUCCUCGUCCCUCCGCUGGGGAGAUUCGGACAGUUCUGUAUCGUCAUCCUCGCUCUCUCCAUUAUAGCAAAUAACUGUCCGAAUAUCUAUUCCGUUUCCCUCUCUCUGCAGGUCCUUUCCUCCACCACUGCACGUGUACCACGAUUCGUUUGGACAUUCAUCGGAACGAUUAUCUACUGCGCUAUUGCGAUCCCAGGCUACGGAAAUUUCGAGUCUGUUCUCGAAAACUUUAUGCUGUUGAUUGCAUACUGGCUGGCAAUUUAUGAAGGAAUAUCAAUCGCUGAACAUAUCUUCUUCAAGAAAGGAUUUGAAGGAUAUAGACCCGAGAAUUAUAUGGAUGCCAGUCGACUGCCUCCCGGAAUCGCUGCAAUGGUGGCUUUUCUUUUUGGGGUCAUGGGGGCAGUAUUGGGGAUGGCGCAGGUAUGGUUCACAGGACCGAUUGGAAAACUUUGUGGGAUGGAGUAUGGAGGCGAUGUGGGAUUUGAGCUAGCCUUUGCGUUUUCGGCAAUCUCAUAUUGCGGGUUGAGGUGGAUGGAGAUUAGGAAGUUUGGUAGAUGA